AUGAAGUUGAAGCUCACUAUGUCCUGGACGGUUGUGCCAGAUUUUACACAUCAUGCCCACUCCGCCUCAUUGUCAGCGGUAGCAGUGAAUAACAGAUAUGUGGUCACUGGGAGCAGAGAUGAGACGAUCCAAAUCUAUGACAUGAAAAAGAAGAUAGAACAUGGGGCACUGCUGCAGCACAAUGGCACGAUAACUUGUUUGGAGUUCUAUGGCACUGCACAUCUACUGAGUGGGGCUGAAGAUGGACUAAUUUGUAUCUGGAACACAAAGAGAUGGGAAUGCCUGAAAUCCAUUAAGGCACAUAAGGGGCACGUGACAUCUCUUUCUAUUCAUCCUUCUGGGAAAUUAGCUUUGUCAGUAGGAACAGAUAAAACAUUAAGAACUUGGAAUCUUGUAGAAGGACGAUCAGCCUUUAUCAAGAACCUGAAGCAAAAUGCCCACAUAAUCAAAUGGUCCCCUGAUGGAGAGAGGUAUGUGACCGUGAUAACAAAUAAAGUGGAUAUCUACAAACUUGACACAGCUUCGAUCACUGGCACUAUCACAACAGAGAAGAGAGUUUCUUCACUUAGAUUUAUUACAGAUUCUAUCCUUGCCAUAGCCGGAGAUGAUGAAAUUAUAAGGUUCUACAGCUGUGACUCUCAAAAAUGCCUAUGUGAAUUUAAAGCUCAUGAAAACAGAAUAAAAGAUAUCUAUAGUUUUGAAAGAGAAGGACAACAUGUUAUUGUUACUGCAUCCAGUGAUGGUUACAUUAAAAUGUGGAAUCUGGAUCUUAAUAAGAUUAAAGAUGUGCCGUCUUUAUUGUGUGAAGUCAAUACCGAAGCUAGGCUGACAUGUCUUGCAGUAUGGCUUGACCAAGCUUCAGAAAUGAAAGAAAAUUCUGAUAAAGCUGCAACAUCAUCUCAAGCAAAUGAAGAUGAAAAAUCAUCAAUAGUCAGGAAAAACAAAGUUUGUUGGACUGAUAAAAGUGAUAAAACAGUAAAAAGAAAGAGAAAAAUUACUCCAGAGAAGCUAAAAUCGGAAGCUCCACUGCAAAAGAAGAAAAAGAAAUGGAAUAGCUCAGCAUGAAGGCAGCUACUUCCUCUCCUGAAUAAAAAGUAAAUGCUGAUGUUGCUGUAGUUUUUAUAAGGAUGUAAACCUCUGACAGGACAUAUACCUCCGAACUGAUCUGUUGUUUAAAAGUAAUGAAUGUUUUUACCCUAAAAAAUUGACUGAUCAUUCUGGGAAGCAGCAAAAGAGAUGGCAACUUUUCCUAAGUGAAUGAGGCAAAAAUAAAUUCAUAAUAUGUAAUGUUUAUAUUUUUCUAUUAACAGUAGCAUACACUUUUUAACUGGCUCUGAAAAAGCCAGCUAAAAUGAUAAAAAUAGCUGCAUCUGUCUCAGUUACGUUUUUGUCUCACUUAAAUGCAUAUUAAAAAUACGUACACUUUUUA